AUGGCGGCCACCUCACCCAACUCCAAUGACAACUCAGUCGUGACAACUCUCAGCAAGACUCAGAUUAAGAUAAAACGAAACUUCUUACUUAGGAAAUCCUAUACUGCGAUAACCUCUGGCCCUGACCUGCAACACAGCCCUGACCUGCAACACAGCCCUGACCUGCAACACAGCCCUGACCUGCAACACAGCCCUGACCUGCAACACAGCCCUGACCUGCAACACAGCCCUGACCUGCAACACAGCCCUGACCUGCAACACAGCCCUGACCUGCAACACAGCCCUGACCUGCAACACAGCCCUGACCUGCAACACAGCCCUGACCUGCAACGCAGCCCUGACCUGCAACGCAGCCCUGACCUGCAACACAGCCCUGACCUGCAACACAGCCCUGAUCUGCAACACAGCCCUGACCUGCAACACAGCCCUGACCUGCAACACAGCCCUGACCUGCAACGCAGCCCUGACCUGCAACGCAGCCCUGACCUGCAACACAGCCCUGACCUGCAACGCAGCCCUGACCUGCAACGCAGCCCUGACCUGCAACACAGCCCUGACCUGCAACGCAGCCCUGACCUGCAACGCAGCCCUGACCUGCAACACAGCCCUGACCUGCAACGCAGCCCUGACCUGCAACGCAGCCCUGACCUGCAACACAGCCCUGACCUGCAACACAGCCCUGACCUGCAACACAGCCCUGACCUGCAACACAGCCCUGACCUGCAACACAGCCCUGACCUGCAACACAGCCCUGACCUGCAACACAGCCCUGACCUGCAACACAGCCCUGACCUGCAACACAGCCCUGACCUGCAACACAGCCCUGACCUGCAACACAGCCCUGACCUGCAACACAGCCCUGACCUGCAACGCAGCCCUGACCUGCAACACAGCCCUGACCUGCAACGCAGCCCUGACCUGCAACACAGCCCUGACCUGCAACACAGCCCUGACCUGCAACACAGCCCUGACCUGCAACACAGCCCUGACCUGCAACACAGCCCUGACCUGCAACACAGCCCUGACCUGCAACACAGCCCUGACCUGCAACGCAGCCCUGACCUGCAACACAGCCCUGACCUGCAACACAGCCCUGACCUGCAACACAGCCCUGACCUGCAACGCAGCCCUGACCUGCAACACAGCCCUGACCUGCAACACAGCCCUGACCUGCAACGCAGCCCUGACCUGCAACACAGCCCUGACCUCCAGCCUAAUAACGUGGUCGUCACGUGGCCGUCACGUCACGUCAGUUCGAAGGAAUAG